AUGGAUAUGGAUCAUUACAGAGAAAUGGUUUUAGACCAACUUAUGGACACCAACUUUUACAAAGAAUUAGUUUCUAAUGAGGACAGUAAAACCAUAUGCAAGAUUAAGAAAUUAACUUCUAAAUUUGCGGAUAAUUUAACCGUGAAAGAGGUGGAUUAUUUAACAAAUUUCGAAAAUAAAUCUAGUAACUUUUAUGGUUUACCAAAGAUCCACAAAUCCAAAGAAAUACAGGACGGACUCGAAGGUAAAAACGCUUUAUAUAUAAAAUUACCUCGACCAACAGAUUUAAAGCUUAGACCAAUUGUAGCUGGCCCUGCAUGCCCCACGCACAGAAUUAGUAACUUGUUGGAUAUACUUCUAAAGCCUCUAUGCCAACUUGUACCAAGUUAUGUAAGGGAUGAUAUGGAUUUUCUUGGCCACAUCCCAGAUACAGUUGAAAUAAAUACAGAGAUGGUUAGUUUUGAUGUAACGAGCCUCUAUACUAACAUACCACAUACACUUGGACUGGAAGCAAUCGCUUUUUGGAUCGAUAAAUACCGCAGUGAAAUAAAUGAAAGAUUUUCCAAAGACUUUAUCCUAGAAGGAUUAAAAAUAGUAUUAGAAAAUAACCAUUUUGUUUUUGACAGCAGAAAUUUUCUACAAAUAAAAGAAACAGCGAUGGGCACAAAAGUUGCCCCAACCUAUGCCACCCUAGUACUUGGGUUUUUAGAAGAAAAAUUGAUCAGUGAAACAGACAGAACAUUUGGAAAUCAGUUUGCCCAAUAUAUACGCUUUAAUUGGAAGCGAUAUUUAGAUGAUUGUUUCAUUUUCUGGAACAGAUCUAAUGAAGAUUUACAAGAAUUUCAUUCUAUUCUUAACAAUCUACACCCGUCUAUUAAAUUUACGGUGGAAAAAAGCGGAUUGGAACUACCUUUUUCAGAUAUCCUUAUAAUUAAGGAGGGUCGUAAAAUCAUAACAGAUUUAUACUACAAGAAAACGGAUUCCCACCAAUACCUUGUAUUUAAUUCCUGCCAUCCUUCACACGUAAAACGUAACAUACCUUUUAAUAUGGCAAGACGUGUUUGUACCAUUGUCAUAGAUGAAACCAGAAGAAACAGCCGUCUACAGGAAUUGAAAACUUUUUUACUUAGACAAAAAUAUCCCAAUGAUCUAAUAGACGUCGCUAUUGAAAGGGCCAAGUCAAUACCAACUACAGAUCUCCGGAGUUCUAAUAGAGCAGGGGCCCCCGCUUGUCGUUACACAUAA